GGUAUACUACAGCAAUCGACAUUAUGACACAGGCGGCUGCAGUAAGAAAGUGACCGCCGAGCCCGGAGAGGUCACGGAUGGCCGAACAAUCUCAAAUCGGAGGCCAAUCAGAAGUGGUUUAUUUUCAAGACAGCCAAUGGUAAUUCGCAGUAUUUUGUUCGUGGGGGUGGUAUCCGACGCUGCUGCAUCAUCCCUUGCCUUCCCUUGCCUUGGCGGCGAAAUGUGGAAUGUGAAGUUAUUUAUUUAAUGGGCUACUAUUAGAUCGGAUGAAGUAUGCUCUUAUCGGAUCAUACGGCUAUUGAAGCAAGCCUCAAAUAACGCAGCUGCAGUCAGCUGUCCGCGCUAAGCUACGUUCAUAAGAUCAAUUCAUGUUCAAUUGCAUGUGUCUUUAGGUAAGGCAAGGUGCAUAAUCUAAUGCAUAAUCUAAUGCAUGCAUAUGUCUCGAUCGGUCUCGAUACGGACAGCUCCGAGAAAUCCAAAUCUGGAUUGACAAUUGCUGCUAGAUCACAUCAAAUGCCAGGUAGCCUCAACUCACCUACCUAGGUAUUUAUAUUUGAGUUCUCAAUUCUCACCGUCUCUUGAAAUUGAGUGAUAUGAAAUGGAUACAUGAGACAGCCCUAUGAGACUCACGAGACUUCAAGAUGAGCUCAGGGAAAAAGACAAACGCUGCACAGAGUGCUAAGAAUAACGUACCUACUGUGGCCGCUGUCCAAGCCCGGGAUGCUCUGGCCGUCAUAUUCGCCGUCCGUUUCGUAAACGCGCUCUGUGUCCGUACUUUCUUUCAGCCAGACGAAUAUUUUCAAGCUCUCGAACCAGCUUGGAACUUGGUAUUCGGGGAAGAUAGCGGAGCAUGGCUGACCUGGGAAUGGAAGCACCAACUUCGAUCGUCUAUCCACCCUACUAUAUUUGCCUUUGGAUAUUGGGUCGUCCAAAACUUCGAAGGGUCAGGGAUGGCUCCAGCAACCAAAGCUACAUGGCUCCUUGCAGCGCCUAAGGUCUUACAGACUGGGUUUGCUGCCUUGAGCGAUUGGUAUUCGUGGAGGCUUGCGGAGAGACUAUACGGCCGUGGGAGUGCUGCUGCCUGGUCCGUUCUGUUGAUGGCAUUGGUCAAUCCCUGGCAAUGGUAUACAUCGACGAGGACGUUCUCGAACUGCUUCGAGACCACCUUGACGGCUGCCGCUCUCUAUUAUUGGCCCUGGCAGCUUCUAGGUACGGAAGAUGACGGAAAUGCCGAGUCCAAGUAUUCAUCGAUCCCCCUCUUCGAGACCUGGGGUCAGAUUAACAAUCUCCGAUUAUCCCUGAUAUUAGCCGCAUUCGCUGUUCUCUUGCGGCCAACCAAUGUUUUGAUAUGGGUGGCUAUUGGCACCCUCGCACUGACCAGAGCUACACUCAGUGGAAAAUCACCACUUACUCUAAGAAACGUCCUUAUCAUCUAUAGGGAGGUAGUCUUUUGCGGGUCACUCGUUCUUGGAUUGUCUUUAGUAGCUGACCGUCUGUACUACGGAGAGUGGACAUUCCCCCCCUUAGCAUUCUUGCAUUUCAACGUUGCCCAGGACCUCGCUAGUUUCUAUGGGCAGAAUGAUUGGCAUUACUAUCUUUCCCAGGGUAUACCGUUGUUGGGUACUACGAUCACCCCGUUUAUCCUACAAGGCCUAUACAAGUCUCUAGACUCGGAGAACUCAAAUUGGCCAGUCGAGACUUCUAACGCAUUAAAGGCACUAUCCUUCGUGGUCUUCACAAACAUAUCUGCCUUAUCGUUUGUUUCCCACAAGGAAGUCCGCUUCAUCACGCCUCUUCUUCCGGCGUUCCAUAUUUUGGCUGCACCCUAUAUUACGUCCUUUUUCACCACAUUAACAAAUGCUGCUUCUGCUGGCUCAACGCCAACGUUGGGGUGGAAACGAGCACAUUUACUUCUAGGAGGUCUACUUAUAAACAUCAUCAUUGGCGGCUACCUCUCCUAUUUCCACGCCGCCGCACCUAUCAAGGUAGUAGACUACCUGCGUAGCGAAUUCGAAAACAUUCACCCCAAGCACCUUGCAAUCCCGCAACCAGCAAACAUCACCGUGGACGAUGACUUCUCGCAAGAGCUCUUCGCGCUCUUCCUGACACCUUGCCACGCUACACCGUGGCGUUCUCAUCUUGUUUACCCGGCUCUGCGCGCGCGUGCUCUAACCUGCGAGCCGCCUCUGCAUACAUCACCGAAGUCCCUACAGCGCCAGAUAUACAAGGAUGAGACGCGUCGCUUCUACGCGAACAAGGUUGGUUUCCUGGAGGAGCUGUGGCCUGCAGAUGGUCCCGGUGAAGACAUGGCGAGAUAUAUUGUCGGGUACGAGGACGUCGGUUCUGCGCUACACGAAUACUUUGACUUUUCGGGUCCCGGUCGCCGACAUAAAGUCGAGCUGACGCGAGUGUGGGAUUCGUGGAAUGGACUCUUCACGGAUGAUGAUAGGAAAUCGGGACGUUUGGUGGUGUGGGCUACGGGCUUCUACGAUAAGGUGUUGCCCGUAGAGCCGUAAGUUGGAUGGCUUACUGGAUAUUGUUUAACGGUUUGGAUUAGGUAUCUAGGGUGGGUGAACUGUACAUUAUAAAAUCUUGAUAUCGGACAGAAGGAAUUUAUACGCCGCAACCUGAAUGACAUGCGGCUAUUCUUUACUUGUGCACCGCCCCUAAGCUCGUAGUCUAUAUUGGAAUAUAUGCCUAGUCCUGUAAAUACUUAACCUAGGACAUGACACUUUAUGUUCGUACGCAAUUCAGUAAGACUA